AGCUGUGUUUGCCUUUUUUUAUGGAGUGCGAAUAUCAAUAUUCAGUGGUUGUGGUCUCUUUAGUCGUCCGUUUGGUUCGAGUUUGACAGAGGUGUAGGUCCAACGAAGUGCAGCUGGAACUUUCUACGGCUCCACUCAGAAGUCUCGGGCACUUUUUACCAUCCAUGGUUGAGACGCGGCAACGAAUUCAUCAAAUCGAGCGACUUAUUCCCGCGGGCUGAUGCAUUUGCUUUUGGUCUGGUACUUUCUGCACGCCACGUUAUUUUGAAGGAAAUUCGAAAUACUGCCGUUUUCGCCGCCGUGUGGCAGUGACGUGGCCUUGCGUCUGCACUAGGAAGGCCACGUGGUGUGAAAGCGGAGGACGCAGGAUCUUUCCAUCAGGGAUAACUACAGCAUCCCAAAUACUUUCUAAAGUUGCAGUGCCACCCCUGCAUGCGAGGGUGUUGCGAAAAGAGCCUCUCCUACAGUACCAAAUCCACCCCGCGAGCGAAAGUAAGUUCUAUCAGUAAACUUGAGUUACAAAGGACGCAUGAUUCACUUCUUCAACAGCCGAAGUAGAGGCAAAAAUGCUGGUAAAGUAAUUUUCGAAAGGAGCACUUUGUCGAUUGUAGUGGCUGCAUGUACAACAUCAAACCUAGGUUGCUUCCGGCGUGGUCGUACCGCAGACGAGCAGGGUAGCCUUCGAUACGUCCACAGAAGUAAUCUCGUCCGCAGUUCCCGGAGCACAAGCUCCAACCACUGACAAUACCUCGCCCGUUGCGUCCACCACUUCGCAAAACUCGCCGCGGAUGCAGGAAAGCUCCGCAAGCAGUGUGGCGGCCGGGGGUCCCGGCCCAGCUGCAGGAAGUGAAGUAGUUCCCGCGGCCACGACGACACCAGGUGGCGGACCACCACUGCCGCCACCAACUAGUACAACCGCGGGCGGUGUUCCGAUUGCCGGGCCGACGAAGCAAGCCAGCUCCAGCCGCAAGGUGCCGGAGGGAGAGGGCGCGCGGUAUCCUAUGUAAAAACAUCCCCACGACCCCAGAGUUGUCAUGCAGAUUUGCAAUGACAAGAACAUUUGUGAUGCGCAUCCCUAUGAUGGGCAUUUCCAGUCGUGUUUUGGAAUUUGUAAUGCUGUAAACAGGAUACGCAUCUCGAUUUGUGAUGCGGCUGCCCCUGCUAACCUGCACUACACUACGGGCUGCAACUUGUCAUGCGUGGCGUCCAAAACUUCAGGAUCUGUGUUGCAGAGAUCCCAACUUAACUAUGGUGUGGGGACGUUUUUACUCAGGAUACGCGGACCAGCAAACCCAGCUUGCACCACCUGGAUUCCUACGGGUUCGAGUGCUCAGUGGACGAUUCGAAAUACUAUCACAAUGAAAAAUACCCCCACCCCCGAACUUGAAAGCAUUUGUAUUGCAAACCUUUCCAAAUGAAACAUUCGCCCUCUUGCAUGUAUCAGCAUCACAGAUUUCCGAUCGUGAAUAGCAAAAAUUUUUAUUGCACAAGAUCCCAGCAAGAGCGGCGCUUGUCAUGCAAGCGAUGCGAAACACGACUAGAAUCUGCAUCAGAAAGAUUCAUACUCCUUUCAUGCAUGACAAAAAGUUUUCUUUUGGAAACUUCGCAUCACAAAUUUUUGCAACUUUGGGGGUGGGGGGCACUUUUCAUUGUAAUAAGUACGAGGAGCGAUUCACCACCAAGCGUGAACGGAGAAAGAACCGCUUCCCUGCAACGCUGCCGCCGCGGUUCUCCGAGGAGCUCCGCGCACUGUGCCGCAAGGGCGUACCCGACGACCGUCGGGCCGAGGUGUGGACACACUGUUUAGGCAGUGCGCUGAAGCAGAAGGCGAAUAGUGGCGUAUUUCAGCAGUUGACAGAGCUCGCGCAGCAGCAGGAGGAGGUGGCACCAGAGGACAGCACGGAAAAUGCGAGCGGCAGUAGGAAUGCACCAGAUAAGACGAAAAAUAACGAUCUUGUACAAGAACAAGCCGCGGAACAGGAAAGCAAGAUAGACUCCGCCGCGACGGCAGUAGACGGCGCAGGCGAUCCUGGAGGUGGGCGCGGGAGCAAGAACUAUGACGGCACAAUUGCGGAAGGAGUUUCUACUCCUGCCGGUUCGCCUACAACUGCCGCCGCAUCACAAAAUCCUUCCGCAAGCAGGGGCUCAGUGAAUCCCGCCGCCUCGGCGGAGGCCGCCGCGGAGCCCAAACCUACAGCGAGUUCCUCGUCCGCAGUUACCGCGGCAAGCACGAUGUCAAAGAAAUCAAGCGGGCUGUAUCAAAGGGAAAAUAGAAAGUGCCUCACCAGCGGAAACGCGAACCUUCUCUGAUGCAAAGUUUCUAAUAGUGGGAACUUUUUGUCUUGUAUAAUCAAGGGACAAGAAGGACCCUGUUAGUUUGAUGCAGAUUCUAGAAGAGCAAAGCAGUUUGCACGAGGGAAGGCUUUAAUACUGGUCCUUUUAUUGCAGCACAGAUGAAAUUUGAGUUGCCCACAUGCGCAAGACUACUUAGCUCAUCAUGUUGCAAUGUCGAGGCUUCUAAGAAGUAGUUCCGGGGUACUAGGGGCGCUUUGUUUCAUCUGGAUGGGCUGGAUCCGGUGGUGAAGAACAGCAUCGAGGUGGAUUUGGACCGCACCUUUUCAAGACACAGCACGUUGUCGCAGUCCAAGGAGAAGAUGCGCGCCGUAUUGCAGGCGUUCGCGCUCCGGCACCCCAGCAUAGGCUACUGCCAAGGUGCGGUUUGUAGUUUCUGCGUAAGAAGUGGUACAUAACUCAGCCGAACAAGUGAGAUAUAGUUCUUUUUUUGAAGCUGCGCGGUAGUGUAACAAUUACCGACCAUAAUCGAUCCUAUUGGUUGAACUUGAAUUAUUGCAAGGUCUGAACUACAUCGUCGGUCGUCUGCUGCUCUUUCUCGAACCGGAGGCCGCGUUUUGGGCCCUCGACGUGAUCUGCGAAGGCUACUACCCCUUCGCGCUGCCGCAGGAGCACAAGGAGUGGGAGCUGAAGCAGGCGGGGUAUUACAUACCCGGCAUGCGACUUCUCCGCGCCGACUCGAUGGCGCUGCGAAAACUGAUGAAGACCCGGGGUAUCGCCGAUGAGGCGACCUGGCACAUCGAGCUGGACGUCGCCUUUCAGGCACCCUGGUAAGGUGACUUUUGACUCGAUUGCGACGUUGCAUACUUCUAUUUCAGGAUACUGUUACAUAAAAUUGAAAUUCAUUUUUAAUUUCUUUGGGCAAGCUAGCAGCAGUACAAACAUACUUCGGAUGCUUCCUUGUCUGAAAAUGUCAACCCAAACGAAAUGCAAAACAGGUUUCUGACCCUGUUCGCCGGUCCCCAGGGGCUCCCGUCGGGUUCUCUGUACCGUUUCUGGGACUGCCUCUUCGCCGAGGGGAUCAAGGUCCUCUUCCGUCUGAGCCUCAUCCUGGUCCGGCGUGCGAAGCUGAAGCGCGGCGACUCGCUGGAGGUGUGCCACACAAAACUGAAAGACGCUGUGAAUAACGCCUGCGACCACAACGAACUGUUCAAGGAGUCGUUCGGAUUGCGCAGGUUUAGUCGCAACGAGCUCCACGCCUUGCGGCAAAAGUGCUACGAGGAAGUGGCACAGACGGAGAUCACGUGA